AUGCAGAAGAAGAAGAAGGAAGAGUUCGAGUUCUGCAAAGCGUGCAACAUAAACCACGACCAAGGUCUCCGCCACAAGUACUUCCCUAACCACAAGAAAUCCCUCGUUACCUUCCUUUCCCGCUUCCGUACAAAACUCUCUGACGUUCGCUUCUUCCUCAACGCCCCUAUCCCUCUCAAUCCCGAACUCACUUCUCGCAAUCGCUUCUGGUGCAUCUUCUGCGACCAGGCCAUCGACGAACUCUCCAGUUCCUUUGCCUGCGCCAAUGCGAUUCGCCACCUCGCUAGUGCCGAACAUGUGAAGAAUUUGAAGCACUUUUUCUGGAAAUACGGCGCUGCCACGGAUCAAUUGGACGCGUUUAUGUUUUCCGAUGAUGAUGUGGCUAAGUGGGAGAAGAAGUGCGCGGCGCGAAAGGAUGAAGCGAGUGAGGGAAGUCGCAGAACGGUGGUUGGCCCUUCAAGUGAUGAUCAUAUCCAUAAUCAACUUACCAGUGGAAAUAUUGAUAGUUUUGAAAAAAUUGUUUAUUCGCAUUCUGUGAAAUCGUAUCCUUCAAAUGCUGUUUUGCCUUUACAAAGUUAUACAAAUGAGUAUCAGAUAUCUAGUUCAGGACUAUCUGGAAUCGCCAAUGUUGCUACCUCUUCGGAAGCUUGCGCUGGUGCAAAGCCUUUUGCUUUGCAAGAUUUUUCGGUUGGAAGGAGAAGUCAUUCUCUACUUCAUGAUGGUAGACAAUCGUCAAGUAAUGGUUACUCCUGUAAUAAACAGGUGCGUGACAAUGAUAGAAUGGUACACGAAGAGAGCACUCAUCAAGGUGUACAAUUGAUCACUCAAAUUUCUUCUUUGCCUACUGAAAGUGCUGAUAAAAACGUUUAUUCUGAAGCACCUCCACCAUGGAUUGGUGCAACUGAGGUAGUUCAGAUGCAUUCUAAUUCAAAUAGGUUAGGGAAGUCCAGAAUGUUGAAUCCAAAUCGGGUGGGAGCAGCUUGGGUUGAAAAGAGAAAGAUUGAAAUGGUGAAGGAAAAGAGUGGAGAGAAUGUAAGGAAAGUGUGUGAUGCCAACUGGCUCCCUAAUUUUGGUAGAGUCUGGCAAUCUGGUAGCCGAAGAGAAUCCAGAAAAGAGUUUGAGAGGGAGAAGCAGUUACAGAAGUUAAAUGUUGAAACACAAUCUGAGAUGCCAAUCAAGAUACAGCCUUAUGUAAGCAAGAGAAUGUUUAUUGCCCAUCUAAGUGGACUUCACAGCAAUAGUACAGUGUGCCAGCCUGCCAUGGAUGAAAGGCAGAGCAAAUUGGCAAUCACGGUUUCUGUAAAGACUCCAAAUAGGGGUGCUGAGUUGAAGUUAGACAAGUGA